CGAUAGCUGGGGGAAAGCGAAAGUAAAUAAAAAGGGUCAAAAGGAGGAAAAUCUCCGUGCGUUGCAUUCUCUCGUGCUCCUCGCGUCUCGGCUUGAAACCAAAAAUGGACAGGCGUGCGGCGGCGUCGCACGGUGAUUACGACGAGCAAGGCCGGGUGAAAGGCACCGAGGUGUUUGUAGGCGGGUUGCCGCGGUCCGCUACGGAGGGGACGCUCCGAGAGGUAUUUUCUCCUUGUGGGGAGAUAGUUGACUUGCGCAUAAUGAAGGAUCAGAAUGGCGUUUCCAAGGGAUUUGGGUUUGUGCGAUUUGCAGAAAGGGAGUGCGCUUAUACUGCUAAAAGGCAAAAGAAUGGCAUCGAGCUUCAAGGAAAGAGACUUGCUGUUGAUCUUUCCUUGGAUCAAGAUACACUCUUCUUUGGAAAUCUUUGCAAAGAAUGGAGUGUUGAAGAAUUUGAAGAAUUGAUUCAUAAGACAUUCAAAGAUGUCAUAUCGGUUGACCUUGCAACAGCUUCAAAUCUUGAUUCUUCAACAAGCAAAAGACGUCUAAAUCGAGGGUUCGCAUUUGUGCGAUUUUCUUCUCAUGGAGCCGCAGCACGUGUACUCCGCAUUGGUUCCAGAACAGAUUUUCUGCUUGGUGGUGUUCUGCAUCCUGCAAUAAAUUGGGCUGAGAGGGAAUCUAAUGUGGAUGCUGGUGAAAUGGCAAAGAUUAAGACUGCUUUUGUUGGGAAUCUGCCAGCAAAUGUUAACGAGGAUUAUUUGAAAAAGCUUUUUGGACGUUUUGGAGAGGUAGUGCGGGUUGCGGUCUCAAGAAAAGGAGAAUACCCGGUUGGAUUCAUUCACUUUGGCAGUCGUUCUGAGCUUGACAAUGCAAUAAAAGAAAUGGAUGGUAAAACAGUCAGUGGACCAGAUCGAGGACCAGCUUUCAAGAUCCAGGUUUCAGUUGCUCGACCUGCAGUAGAGAACGAUAAUAAGAGAAGUCGUGAAGAGGUGAAAACUAGAAGGUCAAAUGUAUCAGGAGACAAGUUAGAUUAUUCUCAUAGCAGAUACAAACAUGAUUCACUUGAUCGUCAAGCGAAAGCUCCAAGGCUAUCAAAUUUGGUGGCUGAUGUCACCGACCCCUAUGAAGCUGCUAUUAUGUCACUACCUUCAGCCGUCAACGAACUCUUACGUCGUAUUUUACGUCUUGGCAUUGGCACUCCCUAUGACAUCGAUAUCCAUUGCAUAAAGAGCCUCAAUGAGCUUCCUGAGUCCGGUGCUGUUGCCGUCCUUAAUCAGUUUCUGAUAACUGGUGCUGAUAAACGCAAUAAAGGAGAAUAUUUUGCUUCAUUAGUUGCUAAGCGGAAGGUUGAGGCUUUUGGUGUAGCUCAAAUAUUGCAUGAUUCUACUUAUUUGUCCAGGAAUCCUGAAAUAGAAACCAAGCGACACCGACAUCAAGAUUAUGAUUACACGUCAUCCAGGAGCAGUAGAUACAGCUCACUAGGUGAUUAUCCUUCCGCGUCUUAUGCUGACGAUCCUCCAAUAGUGUCUCAGUCAAGAAAAUAUGCCGAAGAAAGACCCUCUGUGGUCAGAUGCCCAGAGCUGAGGUUGCGGCAAGAUGAAAUAGCACAUGAACCAAGACAGAAUACUACCAAAAGGCAUCUAGAUCGAAGAUACGCACAAGAACAGAGUUAUAUUGGAACAUCGACACAUGAACCCAGGCAGAACACUGGAAGUCAUCUAGAUCGUAGAUACAUACAAGAAAAGAGUUAUAUUGAAAGAUCAGCACAUGAACCCAGGCAGAACACCGGAAGGCAUCUAGACCGAAGAUACACACAAGAACAGAGUUAUAUUGAAAGACCAGCUGAAGCUGUUUUCCCUAGGGAAAGAAGAUUGUUAUCUGCUGCUGGGUACACCACAGACAUAGGCCGAGAAUUCAGCUCCAGGUCUUCUGCUGAGUAUUCUACUGAACAUCAGCAAAUGAGGUUUGAUCCCUUCACAGGGGAGCCUUACAAGUUUGAUCCCUUCACUGGGGAGCCCAUCAGGCCAGAACCCAAUCCGCGACGCUCAGGAAGCUUAUACUCACCAGAUCGAUUGAAGCCGCACAUUGGAUGUGGCAGAUAAGACCAUAUCCCCGAAUAAUUCGCAGCACCUUUCCGAACAAAGCCAGUAUCUUCUUCAUCUGGCUAUGUUGGUGAUGCCGUCUGAAGUUAUGAGAUAUGCAAGAACACUGUGGCAUUUUAUGAUUUGUGAAAUUUCCUGACAUUCGAACUAUUCAUUUGUUGUCGACAGCACAGAAACUGCAAAUGCUACAUCUAAACUGUUCGAACUCUCUUGCUAUCCUUUGUCUACUGACCAGCAAUGAUUGUCUGCCAAUUUGAGCUGUGCACUGGCUUUACAAA